GUGUUUGAUAUUGACUAUCGGAUCUUCGUGAGCACACGUGAUGGUCAAAUUUUCUCCAUUAAAAGAGAUCAGACCGUCAAGGAGAAACCGAUCAUCUCCUGCAAGACGAACAUUGUCAGCUUCACGAGAAUCAAUAAAAUGCUCGCUGUGGCGACCACUAACCAUAUGUUGAUGUUCUUUUCGUUCGCUGGCAAGUGUCUGAACACGAUAUCUCUCGGGGAACCGAUCAAAGGCCUUGAACUAUUCCAGUAUGCCCCAAAACAAUUCGAGGGCGUUUUGGUCCUAUUGGAAAAUCAGGUACGGUAG